AUGGGGUCCUUGAAGACGGGUCCGGCUGCGUCGAGUUCUGGGCCAGGCUCGGCGCCGGCGUCGUCAGAGACAGGGUGUCUGAGUGAGAUGCCCGAUGUCGCUCGACUGAGUUCUGAAGGCCGCAAUGUCGGAAUGGUUUCGCAUAACGAAGCCAGGAACUGUACCAGUGAGACAGCAAUGUUCUGGGAAUCUAUUGUUGUCAGUCUCUCGUGGUUCGUUCUCGGAGACAAGAGGACACCAGACGACUCCAUUCAACCGGCAAAGGAGAAUCUGUUCCCGAGCUUGGGCGACGUGGCUUCGCGGACGGACGCUGCGGACGCGGACGUGCCCGAGGGCUCGCGCGACAUGCAGGAGGUCGAGUCGAUGUGCAUGCGUUGUCACGAGAACGGCAAGACGCGGCUGCUCCUGACGACGAUCCCCUACUUCAAGGAGAUCAUUGUCUCGUCGUUCUUCUGCGAGCACUGUGGACACCGCGACACUGAGAUCCAGUCGGCCGGCGAGAUCCAGCCCAAGGGCGCCAUCUACACCGUGCACCUGCUCACGCGCGACGACCUCCAGCGCCAGGUCGUCAAGAGCAACUGGGCCACUGUCACCGUCCCCGACCUUCAGCUCACCAUCCCCCCGGGACGCGGCCAGCUCACGACUGUCGAGGGUCUCCUCCGCGACACUGUCCGCGACCUUUCGAUCGAGCAGCCCGUCCGCCGCAUCAUGGACCCGCCGACGGCUAAGAAGAUUGACGACCUGCUUGCCCCUAUCCGUGACAUUCUCGACAUCAGCGAGAGCGACGAGGACGGAGGUGUCGGCCGUGACGACCCCUCGGUUCAAACCGAGAGCGAGGGCCAGGGACGCCCCUUCAAGCCGUUCACGCUCACUCUCGACGACCCGUCUGGCAACUCGUUCGUCGCGUUCAAGGACACGACCAACGACCCCCAGUGGAACCUCCGUGCUUACAACCGUACCCUGGACCAGAACGUCGCUCUCGGCCUCGUCGCUCCCGAGGACGGCGAGAAGGCCAAGGCUGCCGACGCUGUCCCGGACGACCACAAGAAGAUGACUGCCGAGGAGGCGAUGGGCACGAUCAAGGCGCUCGAGCACAGCGACGGCUCCGUCGCCCCCGACGAGGUCUUCACCUUCCCCUCGACCUGCUCCUCGUGCGGCCACACGCUCGAGACGCGCAUGCAGCAACUCCGCAUCCCGUACUUUGACGACGUCAUUAUCAUGUCCGCCACGUGCCCGACGUGCGGUUACAAGGACAACGAGGUCAAGUCUGGGGGCCGCAUCAAGCCGCUCGGCAAGCGCAUCACGCUCAAGGUCGAGAAGGGCGACGAGGACGCGCUGUCGCGCGACCUGCUCAAGUCGGACACUUGCGGUCUCGAGAUCCCCGAAAUCGACCUCAAGCUGCAGCCGGGUACGCUCGGCGGCCGCUUCACGACGCUCGAGGGCAUCCUGAACGAGAUCUACGACGAGCUCUCGACCAAGGUCUUCAAGACGGGCGACUCGGCCACGGCAGGUAUCGGCCAGGAGGGCCAGGACCACGGCAAGGAGACGCGCAACUUUGAGGCCUUCCUCCAGGGGCUCAAGAACGUCAUGGCCGUCGACCAGGACUUUACCGUCAUCCUCGACGACCCCCUUAGCAACUCGUACCUCCAGAACCUGAAUGCGCCCGAGCCCGACCCCGACAUGACUAUCGAGGAGUACGAGCGCUCCCAGGAGCAGAACGACGACCUCGGCCUCAGCGACAUGAAGGUCGAGGGCUACAACGACGAGAUCAAGGACAAGCUGUAA